GACAGUAUUCAGGAGAACUCACGUUUCUCUUGGUCAGCCAGUGACAUCACCAACUUGUUGACGGUAGGGAGAGCAAGUUCUUCGGCGAUUUGAGAAGAAACGAGGAGCGAGAGAGCGUGGGUGCGUGGGGGGUGGGGGCUGCGCCCGGGGCCCCCGGAUCACGGAAUCCUACCCUUACCAACCCUAGCCUCCAUUGGUCGCCGUCUCGGGCCAUGGCAGGGCCGGCGCCGGAUCGGGCCGCCCUGACUGUGGGUCCGGGCAUGGACAUGCCGAUCAUGCACGACAGCGACCGGUACGAGCUCGUGCGCGACAUCGGCUCCGGCAACUUCGGCGUUGCCCGCCUCAUGCGCGACCGCCGCACCACCGAACUCGUCGCCGUCAAGUACAUCGAGCGUGGCGAGAAGGUCACAACUCAGAAGUGCCACAUUCACAUGCUGCCACCACUAUGAUCUCACAGGUUAUUUGGUCUCAAUAUAUAUAGUUGGAUUCUUUUAUGCAGAUUAGUAAAAAUAUGUUCUUAACUGCGCCAAGCCUUACCCGCAUAAUAUGCGGAGGCUGGGGCUCGAACCCGGGACCUUACGGUUACAGACGAUAGGCUCUACUGCUGUACCAGGCCCGCCCUUCCCUAGACCCCACACAGUGCGGGAAGCCUACAACACUGGGUAGGCCCUUUAGUAAAAAUAUGUUCUGUAGGAUUAGAAAUAUUGACUUAGUUAAUCCUGGAACAUCUUUCCCCAUUUUGCAUUCCAUAAAAAAUUUAAAAGAAAAAAUCCUUACUUUGAAGUAUCUCCUGGGCUCCUAAUGUCCUACUCAUUUUGUUUCAAUCCAAACGUAGCAGCAAAUAAUGGUUACUAAUAACACAGGUAGCUGACUUAUUGGGACUAUGCUUCUGUUCCAGCUGAUUUUAGCCUAGACUUCACUCUUACUGCUUGGUGUUAGCCAUCAGGCAUGAUACAUUGAUCCUAUAUGUAACAAUCUGUCCAUCCAUCUAUUUCCAACAUUUGUGGAUACUGCAUCUACUUCUAAUCGAGCUGUAGUAAUGGUGUAUGAUUUGGCCCAAGAAAUAUGUUAUCUAAUUGGCAAUGAUGCUGCAUAACUUUAUGCCACAACUAACUUCUACUACUUGAUGCAUAGGAGCGUAUGUCUUAUAAAAAGAAAUUGAAACAUUAUGUUCUAGGACCCAACAAAAUAUUGCAUGAAUUCCACAACCACAUUAUACUGGGAAAAGGUCUUGCAAGCCUUUCCUGCUCCCGUAGUUAAUAUUGAGGUAGUUGCAUACUUGUGAAUUUGUGAUAUUGUCCAGGAGCUCAGCUGACACAUUUUGACUGCGUAGUGAGAUGGGGCGAAGUGGAAUCUUUUGAUAUACUAUGAAGUGAUUCCAUCUCAUUCAGCUCCAUCCAGGCAUGCAGUUGCAUUGACGCAUACGCUCUUUACUGAAUGAACAUGUUUUCAUGUGUAUUUCUAACUGGGGGUAUCUUUGCAUUGUUUUUAGUGACAUUGCUUUAGCUUUACUGUUCUUGUGGCCAUCCAGUCUGGUAGUUAUUGAUAGAAUAAAUAAUCAAUAAUAUAUUGAACUUCUGGAACCAAGGAUAUCUGAACAGAUUCUUGUUACAUUCCUUUGAUUUUGGCUUCCACCCCUGAGAGGCCAACAUCGAUUCAUACUAAAGGCUCAGUAUUAUUUAUGAUGUCUAUCAAUAGCAAGACAUUAGGUCUAUUUUUUUGAAUUUCCUCUCAUUCAUUGGGUGAUUUGAUUUGAAUAAUUCCAAUGUCCAUGGUUCCUUGAAUCUGUUUUCUUUUGUGCAUUUUCUAUCAUAAAUGCUAGGUUAUCAUUUCUUAAUUAAUACACUCAAUUGCUUUGUCAAGGUUUUCUUUAAUAUGGAUUUCAUUAUCAUUUGCAGAUAGAUGAGAAUGUCCAGCGCGAAAUAAUUAACCAUAGAUCAUUGAAACACCCUAACAUUAUUAGGUUUAAAGAGGUUAUUUUAACACCGACCCAUCUUGCUAUUGUCAUGGAAUAUGCCUCUGGCGGUGAGCUUUUUGAGAGAAUAUGUAAGAACGUGCGAUUCAGUGAAGAUGAGGCUCGCUACUUCUUCCAACAACUCAUUUCAGGAGUAAGCUACUGCCAUUCAAUGCAAGUAUGCCACCGUGAUUUGAAGCUGGAGAACACACUUCUAGAUGGGAGUGAUGCUCCUCGCUUGAAGAUAUGUGACUUCGGUUAUUCCAAGUCAUCUGUUCUUCAUUCCCAACCGAAGUCAACUGUUGGAACACCUGCUUAUAUUGCACCUGAAGUUCUGUUGAAAAAAGAAUAUGAUGGCAAGAUUGCUGAUGUUUGGUCAUGUGGUGUAACCCUCUAUGUAAUGGCUGUUGGUGCAUAUCCUUUUGAAGACCCAGAAGAGCCUAAGAACUUCCGCAAGACAAUUCAGCGCAUCUUGAACGUUCAGUACGCCAUUCCAGACUACGUGAACAUAUCUCCAGAGUGCAGGCAUCUAAUUUCGAGGAUUUUUGUUGGUGAUCCUGCUAUGCGAAUAACAAUCACUGAAAUCCGGAAUCAUAGUUGGUUCCUGAAGAACCUUCCUGCUGAUCUUAUGGAUGAUGAUAGCAUGAGCAACCAAUAUGAGGAGCCUGAUCAGCCAAUGCAGACCAUGGAUCAGAUCAUGCAGAUUUUAACAGAGGCCACCAUACCACCUGCCUGUUCUCGCAGUAUAAAUGUUCUAGCUGAUGGACUGGACAUGGACGACGACAUGGAUGAUCUUGACUCCGAUUCGGAUCUUGAUGUUGACAGCAGCGGUGAGAUUGUAUACGCAAUGUGAGUAACAUCUCAGUAACCAUCUCAGUAUCUCACCAGUCAACCAAAGAACCAAUCAGGCAUGGGACACCCUGAUGUUGUACACUCUGCCAAAGACCUAGCAUCCUUUUGUAAAAUAUCUCCCUGUAGUUUUCUCAAAGAAGCGCAAGCCCAACCUGUUCUGGGGAACACGGAUGCUGUAGUCAAACUGGGGUUAUUCAGAUUGUAAAACUGGCCUCUUGCUUCCUGCUUACUCUCAGGCUUCGACUUGUGUGUUGCUGUUGAAUAUGUACUUACAAGAAACUUCUACGGAGUACUCAUGUUGAUCUGUUCGAAGCUAACAUCGGAAAGAGCAUUUAAAAAUUCUGUUGGUGGCUUUCA